AUGGGCAAGCACGGUAUCGGCAAGCCGUACACGCAGAUGCGGAACGCCAUGAUGAUGGGCACCCUCGUGAUCAAGGACUGGAAGUCCAUCAGGAUGACCGCGAGCCUCUACCAGAGGGAGAUCGACAGCGCGAAGUACGGCAGGGACUCGUCGAGGGUGACGGCCGUGGAGACGCUGAUGAAGAGGACGGACAAGUGCUUCGCGGUCGUUUCGAGCGGCACGGGCGUGGAGAUCAAGAUGAUCCCGGUCAUGGAGGCGAUGGCCAACGGCUUACCCGACACGAAGAUGAGGUACGUGACCUCCGCCGUCAGCCCUGUAGAUCUGCUCGAGCGCGCGGUCUUGGUGGUGUCCGCGGUCGAGGAGUUGGACAACAUCACGUUCACCGAUGAGGAGAGGUUGGCCGUCGCCGUAGUCUUCGCCUUCUCCAGCAGGAAGACGGUCGAGGUGAUAUCCGACGACAUGUUCGGGGUGAUCCGGGCGCUCCAGGUCGACUGGUCCACGGACAUCAGCUCGUUGCUGGGGGCCAUCGCCAUUGGCAACAUGUGCAAGUUCGCUCCUUUCGCAUCAUCAAGACCAGGAGCCCGAGCGUGCCAAGAACGGGACGAGGCGCUGAUCUCGUACUAG